AUGGACCUAAGGGACCCAGCGACGCUGGUGUCCAUGUCAAAGAACGUAAAGCGGCCUUCGGUGCCAAUCCGAGUGAAGACGUUGUACAGGGGUGAACCGAUGGCCCUGGGGAUCACGCAGAUCCUGAUCGGUGUUGUGGAAUUCGCUUUUGGGCUUGUUUUGGCCAUGCUAGAUUAUGAUGUAUUCUAUUACAGUCAUUCACAUCUCAGAACUCCAUUUUGGCUGGGAAUCCUGUACAUCAUCUCUGGAUCCCUGUCUGUGGCAGUUGCCAAGAACCCCAAGAUACCACUGGUGAAAGGCAUGCUGGGAAUGAAUGUUGUGAGUACCGUGGCAGCUAGCAUUGGGAUCAUCUUGCUCUCCAUUUUGAUAACAGAUCCAGUAUACUACUAUAUUUGUGAGCCAGAUGAUAUCCGCAACACACAGCCGGAACUUUGCCAUGAAUUCAUUGCCAUCUCUUACUUUCAAAUACUAGACAUAUCUACGGUUCUCCUGGUCUUCACCAUCCUGGAGGUCCUUAUCGCCAUCACCACCGCUGCCUUUGGGUGUGCCACCCUGUGCCGGAACAGCUUCAGUGAAACGACUGUCGUGAUUUUCCAGAACGCAGCCCAGGAGGCCCCCCACCCACGCGUCCCGGCUAUCGUGACACCAGUCAAGGAAGAUGAGACACUCUAA